GGCUUGGAUCAGAACCAUUCAGAACAUGGUUGCUAACACAGAUGGUGACCGAACAGACGACUCCAUCACUUCCCGAUCAGAUGAGGUGGUGGAUUUGAGCCCAGAACAGGAAGGAUCCAGUAGCUCCUCUAAAUCACGUGGAUCACAACACACACAGAGAGACUCGCUACGUCCACGAUCCGCUUCUGGAACUUCAGUCGAGAGCGUUAAAGCUACAGUUGGAGGGACCUCACACAUUGAAGAGAGCCCGGAGGAACUGAGCACCAGCACUUCCUCCAGCGACUCCAUCCACACAGCUGGUGAUGAGAGCACGACUACAGGAAAGCACUCGGUCCAGAGAGGCAGAGCUCCAUCCAAAGAGUGCUUCAAUAGCCGGUACAGAGUGGGAAAGCUUCUGGGGAAAGGAGGCUGCGGUUCUGUGUUUGCAGGACUUCGUGAGGCCGAUGGAAAACAGGUUGCUAUUAAGGUUGUGCUGAAGAGUGGCUGUGACAGAUUCAUCACCAUUCUUGGCGAGAAGAACGCUCUCCCUGUAGAGGUGGCGUUGAUGCUGAUGGUGUCCGAGCCACCUCGCUGUAAAUACGUCCUGGAGCUCCUGGAAUGGUUCGACAUGCCCGAGUGCUACGUCUUGAUCCUGGAGCGACCCGCCCGCUGCAUGGACCUCUACGAAUACCGAAGGAACGGCUCGCUUCCCGAAUGUCUGGCUCAGAUGAUCAUGUGGCAGGUGGUUCUCGCCGCCUGUCACUGCCGUAAUCGCGGGGUUCUCCAUCGGGAUAUCAAGGAGCAGAACCUUCUGGUCAGUUUCCACACCUUAGAGGUCAAGCUCAUAGACUUUGGCUGUGGGGACUUGCUGAAGUCGACCCCCUACAGACGUUUUGCAGGCACCAUGCUAUACGCCCCACCUGAAUGGAUCGAGGAAGGUAAGUAUCACGGUUGCGCUGCAACGGUGUGGAGCCUGGGCGUCCUUUUGUUUGUUCUAGUGUGUGGAGAGCUGCCAUUCUGGAACGAGAGGGAGAUCGCUGCUGGACACCUGAUCUUCAAAGCUGGUGUGUCUAAGGCCUGUCGUCAUCUGAUCAGACGCUGCCUGGCGAAGGAUCCGAAUAAGAGACCCAGCCUCGAGAUGAUCCUGGAGCACCACUGGUUUCCAGAGAUCCUUAGGAACUAAGUCCAGGCACCUGCACGGGUUUGUAGCAGACAAAUCAUGGUUAUCUGAGAGCAUGAUCACCAGAAAACACAACAGGUGUGAUUUGGAGAUCAGCAACAUUUUGUGGAUCAGCUUGAUGAGUCAGUCGACUGAAUAAUACUGAAGUUUUUCAAGCUGCUUUUCAUCCGUUUCCCCCCUCAGAUAAUUAUUAGCUUAACAUCCCCUUAACACAUGAGGGAAAUCAAUCUCACAUUAUGUUUUCACCACCACAGCACAGGUCUGCUACAAGAACACAUCCAGAGGUUUCUAGCUGAGGUUCAGAUCACCUCCAUUCCUCAGCACCGUGUAAAUACCACGCUGGAUCAGAAAGAAAGCCCCAUCAAUGAACGAGUCUAACCUACUGGAAGAAGCAACCAGAUCAGAUUUGGGCCCAAGCACCCUGAUACCCGGCAGAAGAUGAAACGUCCCUGAGUCACCACAACAAUCUACGAUCAAUGACCACGUCUGUCGUCCUGAAAGCACUUUGACCUUCUCUGUGGUGGUGUAUGAGACAAGAGAUGAAACAAAAUCAAUAAAAUAUUGAAUAAAA